AUGCGAAUGCAGAAGAGCUACACCGAUUUGGUGGCUGCAAGGCGAGCGCAACGAAAACGGAUCGAAGAGAUAGGUCGUAGCGAAGCGGAUGGCUUGGGGUGGAGGGACAAAAAACAAACGAGGCUUGAACGGUGUUGUAAGGGGAAUGGCUUUUUUCUGAACGAUUGUACAGAAGAAGACUAA